UGUUUAAUUCAAGCAUUGUCUCGUCCAAUCAAAUUGGUUCCCACCAUAAUUAAAUCGAUAUUUACUCGAUUAUUCACCUAACGCCGUCCUUGUUUGAUAACGCCAUCCUUUUUUAGCGAAUUAUUUUCAUGCAGUGUCAAGGGUAGGGGUAGUGGUCUGCGACAUUUGAGCGCUGCCUUGCAAUGGAAAGAAAUAAAGAAAUAGUUGCCAUAUUUCUCGUAUUAAUUGUUGACUUAGUUUACGCUGACGUGUAUUAUAACUUCGUUAAUAGAGGAGACCCGUGCGUAGCUUUAUGUGACAAAACUCCACUGUCUUUCAGUGAUACCAAUUACCUCAAAUCCUGUUGCCAGCGAGGAUGUACCUUCUUUAGACUCGUUGAUCUGCGUCAUGGAUUGGAACCUGGUAGUUUGAAUAGUACCAGAGAUGCGUGCGAAGCUUCUUGCAUCGAAGCGUAUUCUUCACCUCAAGAUCGCUAUGCCUGUAACACUGGCUGCGAGUUUAUGGCCAAACAACAUGUAUCGGAGCUUGUAACCUUAUUUUCCGUUGCCAUUUAUGUGGAGGAGGGUCCCGAUUCCAGCAUUUUGCUGAUGUCCCCAGAUAUGCCGGAAAGUGAUAUUCUCACUGAUCCAGGACUCAGGAAAGAACUUCUUCCUGGAUGGUGGGAUUCUGAGGGAUUUAAACUUCCACAAACUUAUAUCAAAACUGUACCCAUAGAUUCCGGGGCUGUUGAUUAUGGUAUCCCAUCGGACUACUCUGGGGAAGCUGAGCAAUCAGCCUCCAUUCCCGGGUCUGAUUGGCUGCAGUGUGCCUCACGACAUACUGGGAUGCCGCAAUGGGUAAUGGCUGCAUCAAUGGUGGCAGUUGCGUUGUCUGCCCUGUGGCUAUGUUUGUCAUCUGAUAAAUCAACUGAUACUCAGUCUGAAGAAAUAACAAAUGAAAAGUCAAGCCCUCCGAAUAAGCUGACUAUACUCAUACUAGAUGAGGCCCCAUUGAAUAAAAUCCCACCACCAAAAUACAGCGAAAUUGAUAUGAAUUGCAAACUUUAGAUUGUUGACAUUUUAUUUAAAUAAUUAGAUUAAUUUUGAGAGUUUUGCAAUAUUAAAUUAUUAAAAAAAUGCUUCACACACAAAACAUGAAUAAUACAGCAUGAAUUUAUUUGUGUAUCAGGAUACUUUUCUUUUAAUUAGCAUACCCAAUUCAGACUUGAAAACAUUCUCCAUACUUGUAUCCAAGUAAAUGGAAUAUUUUCAGUAGAAAAGAUAGACGUAGCCUCCCAAAUGUUGAAAUAAUCGAAGGAAGCAUUCAUAUGAGGGAAAGCAAAAAAUCAUUUUCUGUUGCAUGGUGAAUGUGGAUUAUUGACUGUAUUUCAAAAUUUUUAUGUCAAUGUAGCAAGUAUCGGAAAGAACAUUCCCAAUCAGAUGAAACAACUUAAAUAAUCUAAGAUAAAAAUUUAAACGCAUUCGACCAAAUAUUUUCAGACACAAAGUAUAAAAACAAGUAUUUACAAUAAAGAAGAAUAAUUUCCUUCAUCUCACAUGGAAACUCUUUAAAUUUAUAUAUUAGUGAGCAGUUCUGUUAUUUUGCCAUGAAUCGUGAUGAAUCAAAAACUCAACAAAUCUGGAUCAAAGAUCACUUGUGUGUCUAAUCUAUCUUAAUUAUAUCCCAUGAAAGGUUAUAGCCUUGGAUAUUGUCUGUUGCCUCUGAAUCGGUUACCCGGGUUAAAAAUGAACUUACAGUUUGAACUGUAUCAUAUUUUGGUACUGAAGUUUAGAUUUCAUGAGUUAUGUUCAGCAGCAAAUUUUAAUGUCUGGAAAUCUUUCGCUUCGACUUUCAUAGUAUAAAUAUAGUUGUCGGGAGUAUUUGCUGCUGUAUAAAAUUCGAGUUCCAUGCAAAAAAGAAACAUUUGUCUCUUCAGGAUAAGGUUGGGAUUGAAAGUUGAACUUAUAAGAGAAAAAUAUAUUGAAAGCCACACUUAUACUUUUCCCACGUAACUGUGAUUAAGGUUCCAAAGAUACACUGUUGUAUGUUUUCUUGUGCAUGUAUCAAUGCUUGACCAAUUUGAAUUUCAAAUUUCAAAUAUUUUGUACCCAAUUGCAUUAGCUUGCUCAAAUUAGUUUUGCAUGUUGUAUUUGUACUUAUUAAAUCUAAUAUACAUGCCAUGUGUAAAAAUCUAGAUUUGUAUGCAUUUAAAACAAAAAAAAAAAAUGAUUAACAAGUCAUUCUUGAUCCCAAUUAGAAAAAAGUUUACGGUCGUAGUAAUGUCUAGGCGUUAAACUUUCGAAAGUAAUUACUCGUACUACUCUAAGUCACCGAACAAUCAGGAGAUCACUCGCGAUACAACAUAGAUUGGCACCUCAAGUUGGAUGAAAUCAAAAUAAGUUAUUCAAAAAUAAGGUUUCCAAUUAGAAAUACAAAUCUUAGGUCUGUUGCCUAAUACACGUCAAGUGUGCAUGCAUAUCCACACACAAUUACGAAUAUGUUUAAUAAAUAUUUAACUAUAUGUAUAUAGAUACAUAUUAUGAUAUUGAAUAAUUUUAUAAAAAUUAACCAGCGUAAAACCUGCACAGAAUAUCUAUGAGUUUAAAUAUUUUCUGUAUCACGUAUGAACUUUAGACGAAUCGGAUUUCUGUUAUGAAACUUAGAAAUUUCUUAUGUAUGUACAUGUAUAGCAAAAAUAAGCGCAGGCCUAAAUGUAAUGAUGAAAUUCUGAGUACUGCAAAUGCAGACUCAGUGUUGUUAGCAACGCUUGACCAGAUAUUUUAAGCUUAUGUUUGAAUAUUAGAAAAACGUGAUAUAUCUACUCUACCAAAUUUAUCGACGUACUUAACUUUAAUUAAUUUCAAUUCCCCAGAUAGCAAAAUGUCAAUAAUAGCUGUAAACAUUUGUAGAGCAAUCUGUAGAAAAACAACAAAUAUUUGUCAAAUAUUACAAUCAAGUAUCGCAUGCAAUGUUAUAACAUUAAUCUGUAAAAGAAUGUAAGUCAUACCAUUGUUUAACGGAAAAAUGAUCAAUCUUAUUGCUAUCUGGAUAAUUAUAUUUAUCAUUAUGCUGUUGUAUGAUAUACAUAUGCGUGUAAAAUAGUUGGCCUGGAUGCACCAUUAUGCGAAGAAUCUAAAAGAAUUUUCAUGUAUUCAAAAAUUUUGUAUGUGCUUGGAUGAAAUAUCUUGCAAACUGGUGUACUAUGCUGAGUAAUUACAAUUUUUGAACCCCAUCAUUUCGAAUGCAAUUUAAUUGUGUUCUUUAUGCCAAGCAAAGGCUUGUGUCCUUUUUACAGAGUAAUUAAUAAAUUGAAAAAGCAAUAAACGGUUUCAAACAAGGUGCAAUCAUAGUUUACAACAAGUUAAUAAUUCCAAAUCUAAACAAGUAGCAGUGUUAAACAUUUUGGUGCUUCAGACCUUUGAGUGGCGCAAUCCUUUUUCUUUAAUUCUACUAACGUAAGCUUCUGUCAAUGUCUUUCAAAAACUCAAGGUGAUUCGAAUGUAAAAAUAAUCGUAUUUUCAUUUUUAUUUAUGUGUUGAAUAUUUAACAGAUUUUGCCGGCCAAUACAUGGGGCAUUCAGUACGGAUAAUACAGAAUUCUUAUCACUGUUCGGAACACCUUGAUCUUGCAAGUAUCUGUGCUUUUUGAAUAUGAGACUCUACUAAUGUAACAAAUCCUUAUUAAUUUCACUUGGAUAUUUAGAAAUUAAGAUAAUCUUUGCCAACAGGAUACCGGAUUGCAGUUAACGAGAAAAUAAUACCUCUUUUUUUAUUGAUUAAUGAUAUGUCAAAAAAUAACCAUACGUUUCGAUCAAUUUAAAGAAAAAUGUAUACGUCAAAUGAAAAAAGAUUUUUGAUUCACGCUGAAACUCGUCACUCGACUACUGUAAGAAUGUCACGUGAUAAUGGUAAUAAAAAAAAACACAGCAUGUCAUUAAGGUA